AUGACAACAAGAAUCCCAAAAUCUUGCUUUCUUCUCUUUCUCCUCCUCGUUCAAGAUCUUUGUCUCGUUCGAGCUUCAUCGAAGCACUCUUGCAAUGGCUCCAUAGCUGAGUGUGGUGGUGAAGACGAGACGUUGAUGGAGUCGGAGAUAAGUCGAAGGUUUCUCGCACAGCAAAAGAAAUAUAUCUCUAUUGGAGCUUUGAAAAAGGAUCACCCAGCUUGUGAUGGGGGUGGCGGUGGUCAACCUUACACUAAAAGCGGAAGCUGCGCUCCGCCGCCAGCAAAUCCUUACAAUCGAGGCUGCUCUAAGAUAUAUCGUUGUAGGUCUGACGAUUGA